AUGCAAUCUGAAUUAAUAUUAAUUCGACAGGAUAUUCAUGCACAUCCAGAAAUGGCUAUGACCGAAGUACGAACAUCGGCUCUUGUUGCUGCUAAAUUAAAAGAAUGGGGUAUAACAGUUACAGAAAACGUAGGUCUAACUGGUGUUGUUGGAACAUUGAAAAGUUUACGACCAGGUGAUCAAACUAUUGCUCUUCGUGCUGAUAUGGAUGCUCUUCAACUUAACGAACAAAAUGAUGUUCCUUACAUCUCAACAAAACCUGGUACUAUGCAUGCUUGUGGUCAUGAUGGUCAUACUACGAUGUUACUCGGGGCUGCUAAAUAUCUAGCUGAACAUCGAGAUUCAUUUUGUGGAACUGUUCAUUUUAUCUUUCAACCAGGUGAAGAAGCAUUAAAAGGUGCAAUUGCUAUGAUUAACGACAACUUAUUUGAUCGAUUUUCAAUCGAUGCUAUUUAUGGAUUACACAAUUAUGCAGAUCCACUUGGAAAAUUUACUAUACGACCUGGUCCUAUGAUGGCAGCAUCCGAUCGUUGGUAUGUUACAUUUCAUGGAACUGGUGGUCAUGGAGGUUUAGGACCACAUCUUGCCACUGAUAUUACAGUAUUGCAAGCACAAUUUAUUUUAGCAUUGCAAACUAUUGUAAGUCGUAAUGUCAGUGCAAUUGAUUCGGCUGUGAUUAGUGUUGGCGCUCUUGAAAGUGGUUCAUUCGAUUCAGUUAAUGUUAUGCCAUCUAAAUUACGUAUUGGUGGUACUGCACGAAGUUUGACAGAAUCAGUUCGUAAUACUAUUGAACAACGAAUAAGAGAAUUAGCCAAUGGUCUAGCUACUAGUUUUGGUUGCACAGCUGAAGUAGAAUACACUCGUUUUAGUGUCGCUCUAGUCAACCAUAAAGAACAAACUGAACGAGCAAUCAAAGCAGCUGAAUUAUUAGUCGGUGAAGCAAAUAUCGAUCAAAAUAGACAACCAUCUAUGGGUGGUGAAGAUUUUGCAUUUUUUCUUUUAAAACGACCUGGUGCUUUUAUAUUUAUGGGAAUAUGUGAUGGAACAAAAUCUAGAAAUCUACAUUCACCAACAUAUGAUUUCAAUGAUGAUGCAAUAGCAUAUGGUGUCGCUUAUUGGAUUAGCUUAGUUCAACAAGAACUCACACAUUAA